AUGUACGGAUUGGUCAUCGAAGGCGUCCGUUUUAUGAUCCAAGAGAACUGGGGCACUCAGGUACUACAGCAGGUGAGUACUCUUUUCAUUUUCCGGUUUAGGACUGGAUUUCAGGUGCAAAAGCUCACACUGCUAUCGGAAAAGUCGAUCUCGACGCAUGACCAGUACUCGGAGCACGUGGUGCCCCAAAUGUUCAAGGCGAUCAACGAGAUCACGGGCACUCCUUACGAACAGAUCGGAGUGCUCGCCGGCCGAUUCUUCGUACAGUUUCUGAUUCGGAAUGGGUACGGAGACCUGAUGAAUGUUAUGGGGCGACGGUUCUCCGACUUCAUAAAAGGACUCGACAACAUCCACGAGUAUUUCCGGUUCAGCUACCCCAAACUGAGAGCCCCCUCGUUCUAUUGCAAGUCCGAGAGCGAGGACGGUCUGGUCCUUCAUUACCGUAGUCGGCGCACCGGAUAUCUUUCCUACGUGAUCGGUCAACUCGUCGAACUGGCAAGAGUCUUUUAUCAGUUGGACAUUGGCAUUCAGGUGUUGAAGAAGAAAGAGAAAGGGCGGUUUCAUUUUGUGGUCAUGAAGAUUUCAUUUGACAACGUUGGACUCGGACAUGAUUUGAAGUGAGUCUCAAACUUUUCAAACGUGAAAUUGAAUAUUCAGACUAAAAGAACGAGUGAAGAAUCUGAACGAGUACCUUCCCGUGGACACCAAAUCCUUCCUUCAAAUGUUUCCGUUCCAUAUCGCAUUCAACAAAAAGCUUGAGAUUCUGAUGGCCGGCCAGGGACUUCUCAACUUGAUGCCCGACAUCCAAGGCCUUCUGAUGACCGACGUCUUCGACCUACAAAGACCGUGCAUCAAGUUCACCGCCGACGGAAUACUCGUCCAUCAGAACUGUGUCUUCCAAAUCGAAUCGCUCCAUCCUGUGCUGAAGCAAAGCGAGGAGAAAAUAACUGUGAAAAUCAACGAUGUGACGGAGGACAAGGUGUCUUUGGAGAAGAAAAUGGUGAUGGACAAUGAAUACGGUAGGCAUACGGUAGAAGAAAAUGGUAGGCGGACAGAUUCAUUGCAGAGAGCCUUCCGUACGUGACUCUUCGCGGGCCGAUCAUUGUGCUCAAGUCUUCCGACACUUUCCUGCUGCUUGCCACGUGUGUCGUGGAUACCCUGGAUACCAUGUUCAAAAUGGGAUUGUAUCUGAACGAUUUCGGAGAGUCCGACUGUAACAGAGAGAUAAUUAUGGCCACAAUUCAAAAGAGUGACACUUUGAAGUCAAUGUUAGAGAACGAGAAGAGAAGAAGUGAAAUACUGACGGAAAUGACGAAGGAGAUCUCGGAAGCGAAGAAGACGGCCAGGGGACUUCUCACGCAGAUGAUGCCGUACGAAGUGGCGAAAACGAUGAUGAGGAGUGGAAGUGUCGAGCACUGCGAAGCCUUCGAAUGCGUCUCGAUUGGCUUCAUUCGCGUUUGCGACUUCUCCAAAAUCAGUCUAUUCAUAGAAGCCUUCGAAGUUGUGAAUCUACUGAAUACGUGAGAAACCACUGGACAACUAGCAUCUUUCUCUUAAUUUCAGCAUCUACUCUCAUCUGGAUGCGAUUGUGGACACCCACGGAGUAUACAAAGUCGAAACGAUCGGUGAGAGCUACAUGAUAUCGGCGGGAUGUCCGUACAGAGAUGAGUUCGACGCCGAAAUGGUGGCCGACUGUUGUCUGGAGAUGGUCUCGCACAUGAAGUCUUUCGAGUAUCAGAAUCAGGACGCGGUGAAGAAAGUGCUGAUAAAGUGUGGCAUAUUCACGGGACCAGUAGUCGGCGGAGUGGUCGGGCUCAGAACUCCCCGAUAUUGUCUGUUCGGGGACACGGUCAACUCUGCCAGUCGUAUGGAAUCUUCGAAUAAAACGGUAGUCAAAACCUGCUCACUUUCAGACCUAGCAACUUUCAGCCAAUGACCAUACAAGUGGGCCAACGAACGAAAGACAGAGUGGACAAACAGGCGAGCGGGGCGUUCCGGAUCAAGCCGAAAGGGAACGUAUUCGUGAAGGGAAAAGGCGACAUGAAAGUGUACGAAAUCGAGAAGAAGAAGGGCCGAGCCAGACACAAGAAGAACGAACCGUUGCGGAAGAAGAUGAACGCGGAGAAGAAGGAGGCGGAGGAGCUGUUCGACGAAGACAACGAGGGCCAUCGGUCGAGUGCGCUGAGUCGGAUGAGUCUCGGGUGAGUGUGGUGGCUAUUUCAGGAGCUGAGCGUGUGAUUCACCUGCAAGCAGUGACUGAUCAGAGUUCGAGACCGGAAGGAUAUCCGUAAUGUUUACGACGACGCGGAUGUCGCAUUAGAGAUGACACAUAUAAAUGGCUCCAUCUUGCCAUUUGCACGCAUCACGCAUUUGUGCGUGACUUCAACACCUGAAAAGAGAGAGAGAGAGAGAGAGAGAGAGAGAGAGAGAGAGAGACCUGCUGUUUAUGUUUAUGUCACUCAUUCACCAUGUUUUUCAUGUUCAGAGAAUCCAUCGACAGCUCGAGUUCACGACGUGGCAGUCUGACCGGCUCACAGCUGGAACUCAACAAAACCAUCGCACACACCAUCGAGGUCACUUCGAAAGCAUCGGCAGCACUGGACUUGUGAGUCAUUUCUAGUUGCUCUUUUCUUUUUGACGUCGCUUUCAGAAACAUGCACGAUGAGAACAAUCGUCCGUCGACUUGGUCGGAUUCUCACUCGAAAGAGCACCUUCGGAAGCAGACUCGCAAAACGGAGAGCAAGAUCACUCUGUUGAGUUCGUCGGAUCUGGCUGCGAGUCGGGCCGAAACGAGCAAAGAAGAGGACGGAGAGACUCCGCGACCGACUUCGAACGAACUGAAAGAGGUGCAUCGGAUCCGAGCGGAAGCACGUGCUCGGGACGAAGAGGAUGAGAAAGUGGAGAGAGAAGAGAAGAAGAAACCGGGCGGAGAGGAGGAGGAGACGGAUGCCAUCAGCGAGACCAACCUGCUGCUUGACGACGACUCGGUCGCCACUCACCGCGACAACAACCUCACCUUCGUCGAGAUGCCGUCUGAUAGUGUAGGUUAAAGUAGAUCAGAUCCUGUCCACAUUCUCAACUUCUUCACAGAUUCCGCAUGAAGAUCGUGGGUCGCUUCCUUCCGGAGAGCCGUCCGAAGUGGGAGACGCCCGGGAGCCAGCGAAGAAGCCAUUGGAGAAGAACGACUCGAACUCGUCAUUGAGCAGUUUGGAGGAGAGGACCACAGUGGUAAGAGAUAGAAUAAAUAUUUCAUUUUAUUUCACUCGUCGUCAGCCGAGAAAUGGAAAUCGUAGUAGGUCUCCAGGAGAGUCGCUCCUCGGUUCGCAAUGAACUGCCCCGCGAGCACAGAUCCCGAGAGCACACACAUUAUCUGAAAGGCAAAAUGUACGGAAAACCUUAAUAUUGAAUCCAAAACCUUAGCUGCUCCAAAUGCUCUUAUUUUCGGACGAGGCGGGAGUGGAUUCAUCAGAUGUUUCGAAUGACGGAAAUAAAAUUGAUUUCAGUCCGCAAAGCCCGUGACCCGAAGAUUCGGAAUGAGAGACACGGACAAGAAGGGAGCCAACAAGGCGGGCUCUUCAAUGGUAAUUCAAGAAAUGGGGAGAGGCUUGAAUUACAUGGAAAUCCUUGCAGACUUCGUCCUCUGUGCACUCUCAUUCGAUCAAAGGGCGCCAAAGGGAUAAGUCACGAUGCAGAUGCGAGGACAUCCGCGCUGAUAACAAAUUAAAGACCAAAGUGUGCAGUUUGAUGUGA